AUGUCUGUUGCUAUUAUUCCAAGAUUGUUAGAUCGAUACUAUGCAGCAACUGCCACGACCUUACUUCCAUGGGUUACAGCACUUGGUGAAGUAGUGAACAGAUUACCAAAGGAUUAUCCAGUUGGAUUGCAACAAUGGCUCAAAAAAAGGGAGGAGAAACGAACGUCAGAACAAAACAUGGGUAGCGAUACAUUUUGGAAUAAUGGUAUUCUUCUCGCCGUCCCAAAGAAAAAGGUUUCUCAUCAAAAGAAGAGACAAAAGUUAUAUGGGCCAGGUUCGAAGCAACUAAAAAUGAUACAUCAUAUAAAUACUUGUCCUUCCUGUGGCCAUUUCAAGUUGGCUAAUACUUUGUGUACGCAUUGCGUCGGGGAAGUUAGUCGUAUAUGGAGAAGUCAAACGGUAAAACCUUCUGUGGAGCCGUUACAGGAACAGCAGCUUUCUGAGCUAGACAAGAGGGUCAUUUAUCCUGGAAAGAAGGAUACAGCCUAUGUCGAAAAAUUGAAAGACAAAGAGAGUUACCUGGAACGUCGAAUGAGAUCGUUGCCCGUAGAUAAGGAGGAAUAA